AAAAUGAACGGCUUUUGUGGCCGUCGGACGCAUUCGCAAUAGAACUGAUAAUCAAGCAACAGCGUCUAAUUUGUAAAUGAUAAAAUUAACUUCCUCCAAAUCUGACAUAAAUACGCCUACAAGCAAAGCCACGUAAGCUACAUUCAAUCGGCAAGCACACGUUCUUUCUUUUAACUGCUACCGGUAAGAAAAAUAGCUGCGAAAACAAAAACAACAAAAAUGCAGCUGUGCACAUGCAGCAUUUUGGUAUUGGCGCUUGCCGCUAGCACCGCCCACGCUUUUUACUCGCCCUCGGAUGGCGUUGUCGAACUAACACCAACAAAUUUCGACAGAGAAGUAAUUAACGACGAUGCCAUAUGGGUUGUGGAGUUUUAUGCACCCUGGUGUGGACAUUGCCGCUCCCUAAUACCUGAAUACAAGAAGCUAGCUAAGGCUGUCAAGGGCAUUGUCAAGGUGGGCUCUGUGAAUGCAGAUGAACACAAUGCAUUGGGCGGUCAGUACGGAGUACGUGGCUUUCCAACGAUUAUAAUCUUCGGUGCGAAUAAACGUUCGCCCACGAAUUACAACGGACAGCGCACUGCUAAAGCGAUUGCGGAGGCGGCGCUCGCUGAGGCAAAGAAGAAGGUGCAAGCGGCUUUCGGAGGCGGGAGCAGCAGCAGCGGUGGUGGCUCUUCGAGCUCCAGUGAUGAUGUCAUCGAACUAACUGAAGAUAAUUUCGACAAGUUGGUACUUAACUCUGACGACAUUUGGUUGGUGGAAUUCUUUGCGCCCUGGUGUGGACACUGCAAGAAUCUGGCGCCCGAAUGGGCUAAGGCGGCCAAGGACCUGAAAGGCAAGGUCAAGUUGGGCGCCCUCGAUGCAACGGCGCAUCAGAGCAAGGCUGCCGAAUACAAUGUGCGUGGCUAUCCGACCAUCAAAUUCUUCCCGGCCGGCUCGAAGAGUGCCAGUGAUGCACAGGAAUACGAUGGCGGACGCACUGCCUCGGAUAUUGUAACAUGGGCCAGUGACAAACAUACGGAGAACGUGCCCGCACCGGAUCUGGUGGAGAUUACCGAUGAGUCAAGCUUCGACAGCGCCUGCGAGGGAAAACCUUUGUGUGUGGUUUCAGUGUUGCCGCAUAUUCUUGACUGCAAUGCCAAGUGCCGCAACAAAUUCCUGAACACCCUUCGCACCCUGGGCGAAAAGUACAAACAGAAGCUAUGGGGCUGGGCCUGGACAGAAGGUGGUCAGCAGUUGGAUCUGGAGGAAUCCUUGGAAGUGGGCGGUUUUGGCUAUCCUGCCAUGGCAGUGGUCAACUUUAAGAAAAUGAAGUUCUCCGUGCUGAAGGGCUCCUUCUCCAAGGAUGGCAUCAACGAGUUCCUGCGCGACAUUUCUUAUGGACGUGGCCAUACGGCUCCAGUACGUGGCGCAAAGAAACCAAAGAUUAUCAGCGUCGAUGCCUGGGAUGGCAAGGAUGGACAAUUACCUACCGAAGAGGAUAUUGAUUUAUCUGAUAUUAGUCUGGAUGACGAUGUUAAGGAUGAACUGUAGAGCACAAGCCUACAUGCGCACCCACAAGCAACUGUGGCAAACAAAUUUCCAAGACUGUAGCUUAAGCUCAACUGCAACAACACAACAACAAACUUUCCAAAAUCAAAAGGCAACAGUUCAAUGUUCAAUUCGAAGCUGUCCUUUCUUAGUCGGCGCGUUUGUCAGCCAGCGUAUCAGAUAUGUAUUACAUAGCAUUUCUAAUUACCACUAAAACAUACCAACUAUGAUUAUGAACAACUUUUUGUAAUGCAAUCGAAUCCAACGAAAUCGAAAAAUGUGUAUAUGAUGAUGAAAUAAAUAAAACAAGUGUUAAACAAACA